CUGAGCUACAGACCCGUACUUCUUGUCACUUUCCCUUGAAUAGUACGCGCAGAAGUAAGUAAGGACUGUUGACGAAGCAAUAGAGCAGGAUUCUUGCCACAUAAGUAAUAGGACUCUUCAAAUUCAAUCAGGCCAAUCAUUAAGAGCAACCUCUAUCUUAGCAUGGCUACAGAAUCGUACCUUGUAACUGGUGGCUGCGGCCUCCAGGGUAGCCAUAUUGUCUCGCAGCUCCUGGACGCUUAUCCCUCCGCCGCGAUCGCUGUUCUCUCCCGAAACCCAACAAAGAAUCGCUUCCCCCGCGUCACCUACCAUGCUGGCGACGUCACCCAGCCUUCCGACGUCCGGCGCACCCUCGAAGCCUCUCAACCAACCGUCAUCUUCCACUGCGCAGGCAUCAUAACCGUGGGCCGAAAGGUCGUUUCGGAAGCCCUGUUAUGGAGCAUCAACCUCGAUGGUACCAGAAUCUUACUAGAAGAGUGCGUUGCCGUAGGCGGCGUCAAGGCAUUCGUCUUUACGAGCUCCGCGAGUGUGGUGCAAAGAGUGCUGCUCAUGGACAUCUUCGGCGGCGACGAGACUAUGGAACUAUGUGAAGACGGCGACAAGAGUGCCAUGCCAUAUUCCAAGUCGAAGGCGGCCGCAGAACGCCUUACACAUUCUUACGAUGACUCCUCCGGCAAGGGCAUGCGCACCACCUCCCUCCGUCCCGCCUUAAUCUACGGCGAACGCGACGGCGACAUCAUCCCCAGGCUGAUGCAGAUCUUGCGCCAGGGCCGUCAAAGAAUUCAAGUCGGGCCCAACACCAAUCAGCUCAGCUACACCUACGCUGGCAACUCGGCAACGGCUCACAUCCUGGCGGCCCAGAAACUGCUCACGUCUCCUGAAGGUGUCGCGGGCGAGUCUUUCUUCAUCACCAAUGGAGGCGACCCCGUCGCGUUUUGGACAUUCGCGAGAGCAGUGUGGGAAGCCGCUGGCGAUCGAACGAAGCUGGAAGAAGUCAAAGUUGUUGGAGUCAACACGGCGCUGUGCUUUGCGUGGGUGGCAGAGUGGUUUGAUUGGGGUCGUGGGCAAGUGCCUCUACUGAGUCGGAUGAUGGUUAAGAUGAUAUGUUCGAAUCGAUGGUUUAAAAUAGGCAAGGCAAGGGAGAAGUUGGGGUGGGAGCCAGCGGUGGACUGGAAGGAGGGUGUUACAAAAGGCGUCCAGUGGUAUCUCGAGAACGAGGCGAGGCAGUAAUAGUAGCAUAUCCUCACAACUCACCGUUUCCCACCUAGCUUCAGCGAUAUAAUUUAUUACUUCUCUCCGCACAACAACGAUUAGCAAUGAAUUGGUUUGCCGCAAUCUGGUUCUGUCUCCUGCCUAUACAUGACAGGCUCAGUUAUGAUCUGGAGCAUCAUUUAUUCGAAAGAUUAUCAACUACUCCAUAUCCGAUAUGAUCGAGGGAAUACGCCGCGAAGCCUCUGUAUUUAUCUUAUCUCACGCUCAUGUAUUUAUAAGUUAUAUAUAAGAAAAAUAAUAUUAUUAUUAUAGAUUUAAA